AAUAACGCUCAAAUCUACAAACAUAUAUUUUUAUGGAAAUAAAAUGUUUCUGCUUGGGAUCUUCUUACUUUGCAGUGUUAAUCCCUUAUUACUUAAGGCUUUUCCUGUGGAAUCCAAGGUAAAUUCCAAAGAGCCCAGCGACCUGACUGCUCACUUGUUCGAUCCAGCCGACUAUCCCGAUUUAACAAAUGGCCUCACUGACGCCGAGGUUCAGGAAAGCCUUCAAGAUCUCUCUCUGGAUGAUCUCAACUCCUUGGAUAAGCUGCUCGAUGAGCACAUCGGUCGAGAUGUAGAAGCCGACUCAGACGCGAGUCGAAGAACCCAGGUUAGACAAGCGAAGGCCGCCGAACGCAAGCAGGAUCUCCGCUCCGUGAAUUCACCCCUCGACGAUGGCUGCCGGGAUGAGGAGGAUUCCGAAGAUGCUAAGCCUAAUCUGUGCUCCAAGCGACCUACCUGCCCGACCACCAAACGCUGUACAAAGAAAACCACAUGCAUGCCGAAAACCACUCGAACGUGCGCCACUAGACCGGUUAACGAGAACUGCAAGUCAAAAUCGGGUGGCUAUAUGGAUGAUGAUAUGGUUAAUGACACUACCAAAUGCCCAAAGCCCAAGAACAAAAAGUGCAAGAAACCCAAAGAUGACUUUGAAUGCGAGGCGGAUGAUUUCCUGUGCCACGCCAGCAGGCGAUCCAGAGAAAAGCAGAGCAGGAGCAAUCUUCAAGAAGAGCAAGUGAAUGCUCCAGCCGAAUAUGUUCCGGGGAAAGAGUUAACUGGGUUAGAACAGCUGAAUGAGGAGAUGCCAGCAAUGAAUGAUCAAGGAGAACCAUUGGAUGAAACCUUCAAUUUUGAGGACACUAACUUGGAGCAAUCAUCACAUGUAGAUCAAUCCAGCUCCGAGUUUGAGCCCAAGGUUAACAUAGGACAAGGAAAGCAGGUCAAUUUGAAACAAGAACAUCAGUCUGACUUGGAGAAAGAUAAUCAGAUCAAUUCAGAACAGAAACAUCAAUCUAAUUUGAAGAAGGAUUAUGAAAUUAACUUGGAAGACCCGAAACUAGAUGGUAACACACAUUUAAAGCAUGAAAGUAUUUAUGGAGCUGACCUGGAAGAGACAAAACUAGAUAGUCACACAAAUUUUAAGCAAGAAUCUAAUUAUGGGGCUAACCUGGAAGAGACGAAACUAGAUAGUAACACAAAUUUAAAGCAAGAAAGUAAUUAUGAGGUUAACUUGGAAGACACGAAACUGGAUAGUAACACAAAUUUAAAGCAAGAAAGCAAUUAUGAGAUUAACUUGAAAGACACCAAACUGGAUAGUAACACAAAUUUAAAGCAAGAAAACAAUUAUGAGGUUAACUUGGAAGACACGAAACUGUAUAGUAAUACAAAUUUAAAGCAAGAAAGUAACUACGGGGAUAACCUUAAAGAGAUAAAUCUAGAUAGUCACUCAAAUUUAAAGCAGGAAAGUCAAGCCAAAUUGAAUCACGAAUAUGGGGAAAAUGUAGAACUAGAUAAUCACAGAAACUCGGAGCAGGCAAACAUAGUAAAUUUAAAACAGGAAGAUCAGGCCAACUUUGAUCAGGAUUAUUUGGCUGAUUUUGAGCGAGAACAUCCCGCUAACUUAGAGCUAAGAAAUCCGGUCAAUGUAAGGCGAUCGAAUCAGAUAAAUGUAGACCAGGAACAACCACAAAAUAAAAUGGAUUUUGAAAAUCCUGAUCAUUUUGAGCAGGAACAUCCGGCUAACUUGGAUUCGGAAAAUCAGUAUAAUUAUGAUCAGGAAUAUCAGUUAGGCUCGGGAAAUAAACAUCAGGCAAACUUUGAUGAUGGACAUCAAGCUAAUUUGCAUCAAAAAGAACAGCAGUUAAAUCAGGACCAGAAAAUAUCACAUAUAGAGGGAGUAGAUCAGGCCGAAAUUGAACCAGUGGCAGAACCAUCUCCUCUAGAUCCAUAUGAACGCCAUAGGCUUGCCAGGAUUGCCCAUCGCAAGAGAGAACAAGCUGAAGCGGAGAAAGCAAAUGAGGAGUCAAUUCACAAUGUAGAAGAUAAAAAUCGGAAAAUUGGCAAAGAUGAGCCGAUGCCACUGAAUGCUGAUCUCAACAAGCAGGAACCUUUUUUUGAUAGCGACAGUUUUAUUGCUAGCAAUGCCCGCGAUCCCCCACGCUAUUUGAUUCAAAUGCAAAACGACUGCAUCCGAAGUGAGGACGAUCGUGUCGAACGUCGAUUGCGUGAGGAUCGGAGCCAAAGCGAAACGUUGAACCUGGAGAAACUUGCUGAGGAGCAGCCCAGACCCGUGGAGGAUUCAAAUUUCGAGUACGAAUAUAAACGGAGCAAGCGAGAGAAUAAAGAAACUGAUGAUGAUCCCGAGAACUCCAAAGAAACGUACAUAAAAAAGCUGAUGGACUCUUUUCCGCGGGACCAGGGUGGUCAGAUAAAUGCCAAUGCGGCGCUGAGCUGUUCCAAUCUCGCCCAUUUGCGCAUUAAGCGAAGUUGAGUUAUAUUUUGUUUUGUCACAAAGCCUGAUUAAUGUCUUUGUAUAUUUUAUAAGCACCCAUAAAUUGAUAAUUCAGAAAUUCGA